AUCAUGUGGCCGCACCUUUAUAUGUACAAUUAAUGAUACAGAAAAUGAACAGAGAAAUGCGAGAAAUUCACUGUAGCGUUGGAACAUUUUGCGUAGUAGGUGAUGUCAACAAUUUUAAUUUUAAUUUGAAUAUUGAGUCGCAGAAGAAAUAUCCAUGUUUUAUUUACGAGAUGUUAAACCCUAAUCUUUCUUCUAUUGUCCAUGUUGUGAAGAGUCAUUAAUACUAUGGUAUAUAAUUUAACUUUUCAUUACAUAGGAUACCCGUUUAACAGCUUGAAAACAGAAUUUUAUCACCACUGCUACCAUUUAGAGGUGAAGUUUAGUGAUUGAGAAAGUAACUCGAGUAUCCUAUAUGUAGUUGUUGACCAGUGAUGAGUUUUGAGAUGGCUUCAUGGAAAGUAAGUGUCGAUUUGACCACUAGAUGGCUCUGUGACAAUUCGGACAAAUAAUGGUGGUUCGUCUCUUGUGACAUGGCUGAGAAUAAAGUCGAUGGUAUGGAGGAUACGGACAAGAAAGAAGACGGUGUUAAUGAUGUAUCACCAGAACUCUCUAUUAAACACCCGUUGCAAAACACAUGGACUCUGUGGUAUUUAGAUAACGACAAACAGAAGAGCUGGGAGGAAAAUCAGAAAGAAGUAACAAGCUUUCAGACAGCGGAGGACUUCUGGAGUUUAUACAAUCAUAUUAAAGCAGCAAGUGAACUGCGACAAGGCUGCGAUUACUCGUUAUUCAAGAAGGGUAUUCGACCAAUGUGGGAAGAUGAAGUGAAUAAAAGGGGUGGGCGUUGGUUGAUUAACUUGGAGAAGAAACAGAGAGCUAGUGAUCUGGAUAACUUCUGGCUGGAAAUAUUACUGUGUCUGAUUGGUGAAGCAUUUGAUGAAUACAGUAGUCAAGUCUGUGGAGCUGUUGUCAAUAUAAGGGCAAAAGGAGACAAGAUUGGCCUUUGGACAUCUGAUGCUUCAAAUGAACAAAGUAUUAUGAAAAUAGGGCAUAAACUUAAAGAGAGGCUGAAGAUUGGUCGAAAUAUUACAAUAAGCUACCAGAGUCACAAAGAUACAAUGGCAAAAUCUGGAUCAGCAACAAAGAUCACAUACUCUGUAUAACAUCUUCUCAUGUUUAGUUUUUCAAAAAAUGUGAGAAUACACAAGACUGUGACAGCUGAAAAUAGAACAUGUGCAGCCUGAGUUUUUUUGUUUAUUCUAGCUAAUAUUUGAUUUUGUGGUGAGUUUAUAAGAGAACAUUGUUUAAUUUUAUUUAUUUAAAAUAACAAAAUUUAUGUGUUGUUCUGGUGGCUCACAAAGAUUUGAACAAUGCUGAAGAAACUGUUUUGGAAUUUUGUCAUUUCCUUAAUUUUGAAUUAGAAUUGAUACAUUUGAUUUUUCAACCCAGUUGUAAAGGAUUUUUCAUUUUUCUAUGGAAAAAUUGUACAUAGUUACAAAGCUGAAAUUUAUACAUGAAAUUUGUAAUUAUCAACAAAAUAAGAUAUGUGAAAUGUAAAAGUGAUUUUAAUACAUAUAUUUCUAAUCGUGACAUGUAGAGUGUCAUGUUAAUUAAAAUAAACUUUGUUUCUUUGAAGUUUAAAUGAAAUAUAAAGGUUUGUGGACGAGAUUAUUUGUAGUUAAGAAAUAUCUUUUGUUAUAAAGAAAUCUCUGUGAACAGUGUGCUUGAUUUUAACAUGUUUAUGAAUAUAAUAAAUUCACUUUACAUUU